CACUCCUACAGUGUUGCCAUAUUGCACAUAUUCCGUUUCAGAUUGUUGUUAACAGUGUUGCGCAUCAAACUAAGUCAGUCUCUUUACUCAGGUCUUUGGCGCCUCUCAACUCGUGCAAAAUUGGCGAGUGUCUGUUUAAAAUUAGCAUUUAGUUUAAAAUAAAAAUCAACCGAAUGAAAGUAACCCACUCGUGACAUGUAUAGGAAACCCAAUUAUAAUUGGCAAUGAAAUGUUUGGUUCCAGGACAUCUUAUUUUGCCGGCUGGGGUUCGACCGCUUGCUCUAGCACGUAGGAAGUCACCGAAACAAAAUUGCCAUUCAAGCCUGAGAAAACAUCCAGAGGAAUCAGGCAAGAACUAGAAAAAAAAGCAACCGUUUUACAUGGACGGAGCAAGAUGAAACGUGACCACGCCACAAAACAAAGGCCAUACCCCAUGCGAAAUUACUCUUCAAAAGGUUUUCAGAGUUUUUAAAAUUGUUUCAAAAUAGUAACGUUUAGUCAUUUUGUCUCGUUAGGUUGUGGCAAACGUUCUGAUCAACGAGAAUGAAGGAGAAAGCCAGUACAGCAUCUCUAUACAAACCGGUAUGUGGCGCGCCAAUGGAACCUCCGCGAAUGUGGGUUUGGCCAUUUAUGGAAGCCAGGGAAACACGGAAGAUAUUACUCUGACUGAUCCACACGCAGAAAAGAUCUUCUUUUCCCGAGGAAGUAUCAAUAACUUCACCCUUUGCCUUCCGGAGUCACUCGGUUCGCUGGAGAAGAUACGCAUUUGGCAUGACAACAGUGGCAACAAUCCAUCUUGGUUCUUGAUGCAGGUGGUGAUCGUAGAUCUUGCUACUGGAGAGAAAGUGCAUUUUGUUGCCAACAGAUGGAUAGCAGUAGAGAAGGAAGAUGGAAAGUUGGAUCUAGAGUUACAAGUCGCUAGCAAGAAAGAGAUUUCAGGAUUCAAAAACUUGUUCUACGCUAGGACAGCUACAAAACUUGGAGAGAAGCAUCUAUGGCUGUCACUUUUUACCAGACCGCCGCAUAACCCGUUCACGCGGGCUCAACGCCUGGCAUGCUGUAUUUCGAUUCUCUUUGCGGCCAUGGUAACCAAUGCCAUGUUCUACAACUUUGGUACACCGCCAGGCGAUGCUGUACAGGUGGGACCCUUGAAAGUGAGCCUCACACAGAUCAAGAUCGGCAUCCAAAGCAGCAUAAUAGCCAUUCCUGUCAAUGUGCUUGUCGUUACUAUCUUCAGGCAGUUAAAAGCGCGAGAUGCAGGUAAACCCGAAGGAGGGGGAGGUAAAAGUCAAGGGUGUCUCCCGCACUGGUUCCUCUUCGUUGGUUGGUUUAUCUGCACAAUGGCAACGCUGGCCUCUGCUGCGUUUGUUGUGUUUUACAGUCUCAUGUGGGGCGCAGAAACCUCUAACGAAUGGCUUGUGUCUGUUAUGGUGUCCUUCUUUCAAGAUGCGAUUGUCAUGCAACCAAUGAAGGUUCUCCUGGUUGCAUCUAUCUUGUCAAUCUUAGUCAAAAAGCCACCAGAGCAGGAAAAAGUCAUGGGAGACGCUGUCCAGAGAAACGCGGCAGGAGAAGUCAUUACUCUUGAUCAAGCAGAACUCGAGAGGGCACGCAAGUUUAGAAGCAGUCUUGUUCAAGUUGGGCGUAAAGUAGUGGAGUUCGUACUUUUCGGAAUAUUUAUUACUCUUAUGAUGGUUGUGUGUUAUGGCAACAGAGGAGUUGAAAGAUUUAUGGUCACUCAGUCCAUGGACGACUUAUUUCAGACGUUUAGCAAGGUAAACAAUGUCCCGUCGUUCUGGAAGUGGUCGAAGAAAGUUCUAGUGCCCAACCUUUACAAUGUCGACUGGUACAACGGCCGCCCUUUUCAAUACGAAGAAGGAUUCCUUAGCAACCGUGCAGCUUUCUUGGUUGGUAUGCCGAGAAUGCGACAGUUACGAGUCAAAACAGAGAAAAACUGCUCAAUUGUGAAGAAUGAGCCCAUCCUGGCAAGACAAUUCUCGAGAUGCGUUCCAUUCUACACCGGUGAGGCGGAAAAUGUGUCUCCAUACAACAGACCAGGAUGGAUUCCGGUCCAAAACGCCAGUGUCUUCUACUCAGACUUUGAACUCGACAAGGAGUGCCCCAGACCUUGGCGCUAUCGGAGACCCGACGAUCUUCAGUUGAGACCGUACGGUGGCCAGAUGGCCACGUUUGUAGGAGGUGGUUACAUAGCCGACCUUGGAUACAAUUCUCGCACUGCACUAAAGGUUAUCGGGGUGUUAGAAAAUGAUGACUGGAUUGAUGACCGAACGGUUGCAAUUUUUACGGAAUUCACCAUUUUUGAACCUUCUAGCUCGCUCUUUUCUACGAUUAAACUACUAUUUGAAAGGUCCCCGACCGGUGGAUCGAAUGUCGCGAUGACGAUAAAGACCCUUUCUCUCUACGCUCCGCCCGAUUUCCGAUCAACAUUCCAGAUUUGUCAGCUUCUGCUCAUGAUUGUUCUCAUCGUCUUCUUCUUUGCUGAGAUCGGAAAACUUCGUCGCGAAAAAUGCUCAUACUUCAUACAGAUAUGGAACUGGCUGGAACUUCUGCAGAUCACUAGCACCAUUUGCUCCUUGGUGUUCUUCUUCCUCAAAGAGUCGCGAACGAGCCAGUACGUGAAGAAACUUCAGGAGAAUCCCUUCGAGACGUCAAGCACCGACAAUAUUGAAUACUUAUCUGAUAUGGAGACCUACGUGCUUGCUUUCGUUCUCUUCAUAAUCACAAUAAAGUUUUUGAGGCUCAUCAAGUUUAAUCGCCACGUUUGUCAAGUCAUGGGAACGUUGCAGCGAGCAGCCACGCAAGUUUUGUCCUUCAUGAUGGUGUUCGUUACAAUUCUAUUAGCCUACACCCAAGUUGGGUUUUUGGUGUUUUCAUCGAAUGUCGAUGCGUAUAGGUCCUUUUACAGCUGUUUGCGUGCCAUGUUGCUGUUGCUUUUUGGAGGUGACAUGCGCUUCCAAGAGCUGAAGUCCACCAGCAGAUAUAUUACACCGGUGUUUGUAUUCGGUUAUCUGUCUUCCAUGGCGAUGGUUCUUUUGAAUAUGUUUCUCGCCAUCUUGAAUGACUCUUACUACGAAGUCAAGAACGUUGAAGCUGGUGAUUCGUUUGCUGAUGCAGAAUUGGGAGCAUUCAUGGCUGAUUACACCAAGGAAAAGAUCAGCAAACUCAAAGACGAAACCUUUGAGCUUAUAGAAGGCACGAUUGAGAGCCUCAUAAGCUUUGUACGGAGUAAAAAGCGACAGCAUGAGCAUGAAGAGGAGUUUCCUCCAGAGAAGGUGGAGCCCGUAGGUGGAAAGAUCCAACUGGCUUCGUUUGAUUCUAUGGAGGACAUUGGAAGCUACGAGGACGAGGAUGUGGAAGAUGAAACCCAUCCUCUUUCAAAGGCAGCAUCCCUGAACAGUAUGGUUGACUAUAGUGUAUCACUCACCGAUCUUAAAGAAACCAUUCUGCAGAUUGGCAGAGAAAUGCGCCAAUCCUUGACGUCUCUUAGAUCGGCCGUGAGCAAUCACUCACUUAACCAACUAUCAUCACGGUGUGACUAUACCCUUUCCCUUGACUUACUCGCAGAUGACGACGAAACAUUGAACUGUCAACACAAGCCGUCGCCUUACUUUUCUGCAUUUGGAAGUUACCUCGAAGACAUUUGGCAAAAAGAAGAAGAAAGAAGAAAGAAGGAAAGAAAGAAGAAAAGAAAGAAAGAUCGCCACUAUCGCCACUACAAACGAAGACAGAAGCUUGCUAAGAUCGACAAUUACGAGAGACGCCACAUGCUUAGGCCAGCGGUUCAACGCGAGGCGGUUGUAACGUUUUGGUGAAAUUAAACUAAAUUUAUACAACCAUAUUUUAUUCAUAAAAGCUUGAACGUUUAGACUAGAGGUGACGAAUGGUGAAACCAGUGACUCGCGGAGGUGCCUAGUCUCCGAGACUCAUCACGAAAGAUUCCGAGAUUUUGAGAUCUGAUCCAAAGUUUCGGAGACCCAAGAUCGUUUAAAUACCAUUCGCAAUCCUUAAUACUAGUAAAAGCUAGUAGAAAAUAUAUAUAAUUAUAAACGAAAUAUGAUUUCUGUUUUCAUAAAAUAAUAUAAUACAGAAAGUAGGAUCGCUUCAAUUCAUUAUCAAAGAAGUGAAAUAAGAGUGAUCGAAUCAGAUCGCCCACGUACGUGCAAAAUUACAGAUUAAAUAACUAAAUAAACCUUCAUACCGCGUGUUGGUGAUCAAAGUUAUUGUACUUGUGACUUAAAUCUUAGGUCCACAAAAGACCAGUGUAUGACAUUUGCAGCCUGCAGAGUACAGAACGCAGAAUGCAGACU